AUGGCUGAUCACGAUGACAUUCCGCCCAUGAGGCGUCGCGCUCCUACCAUCACCAUCGAUACAACUGCUGUCAAUCCUAAUACCUCUACCGACGCUCCCCAGGAACCACAAUCUUCCCACAUGCAAGACGACGCAGUCAGCCCUACAACAACAUCCGAUCCUGCGACAACAAACGGCAUGUCGCAACGACCUCCGAGACCCGAAUUGGACACAUCUAUGUCAUUUGAGAAUCGAGAUAGCAGCAGACCAACAAGCCCCCACAAUGUUUCAAGUCCCUUGACAGCAAGAUCAGGCGACCGGGGGGUUGGAUUCUUGUCUGUGCCUAUGAACCACCGAUCGCGACAAAACUCAGUCGACUCUGACGAUAUGUCACGAUCCGUUUCUUCCCAUGGAGAUACCACCGUCGUGGCUUCUAAUUCGACACAAAUAGACACGCUCAAGGGUUCCGAGUAUGAUCAUAAGAAGAUUAUCAACGAUGAGACCGCCUUGAAGCCCGAUACUGGCACCGAGCAGGAUUUCGAGGUUGAGAACAACCCGUUUGCCUUUACACCUGGCCAGCUGAACAAAAUGUUUAACCCCAAAAGUCUUUCAGCCUUUUAUAAGUUGGGUGGCAUGGAUGGCAUCGAAAAGGGUUUACGAUCUGAUCGAAAAGCUGGAUUGAGUACAGACGAGAGAGGCCUAAGUGGACACGUCUCGUUCGAGGAUGCAACGUCUAAGAAGCAAGCAGCUCGAGACGACCACUCUACUUCUCAGUCGGGCGAUAGUUUCGCCGACCGAUUACGUGUUUACAAGGACAACCGAUUGCCCGAGAAGAAGGGCAAGAGCCUUUUGCAGCUCAUGUGGAUUACAUACAACGACAAGGUUUUGAUCCUGCUGUCUAUCGCUGCCGUUAUCAGUCUCGCUGUUGGUCUGUAUCAGACAUUUGGUGGAGAGCAUAAGCCGGGUGAGCCCAAGGUCGAAUGGGUCGAAGGUGUUGCGAUUAUUGUCGCCAUUGCCAUCGUCGUUAUUGUCGGAUCUUUGAACGAUUACCAAAAGGAACGCCAAUUCACCAAACUCAACAAGAAAAAGCAAGAUCGUCUGGUCAAGGUGAUUCGCUCAGGCAAGACGAUUGAACUCUCUGUUUUCGAUGUACUUGCCGGAGAUGUGAUCCAUAUUGAGCCUGGAGAUUUGGUACCGGUUGACGGAAUUCUCAUUGAAGGCUUCAACGUCAAGUGUGACGAAUCGCAGGCUACUGGUGAAUCGGACAUCAUCCGAAAGACAUCCGGAGAGGCCGUGUUUAACGCAAUUGAGAAUCAGGAAAAUCUUAAGAAGAUGGAUCCUUUUAUCCAGUCUGGAGCUCGUAUCAUGGAAGGUGUCGGUACUUACAUGGCAACAUCUGUUGGUGUUUACUCCUCUUACGGCAAAACUCUCAUGUCUUUGAACGAAGACCCCGAGAUGACUCCUCUGCAGGCGAAGCUGAACGUCAUCGCCACCUACAUCGCCAAGCUUGGUAGUGCCGCUGGUUUACUGCUGUUCAUUGUUCUUCUCAUCAAGUUCCUUGUCGGCCUCCCCAAGCAGCCUGAUUCCGUCACACCCGCUCAAAAAGGACAGCAAUUCCUCAACAUUUUCAUUGUUGUCGUCACCAUUAUCGUGGUUGCUGUUCCCGAAGGUCUGCCUCUUGCUGUUACACUGGCCCUGGCUUUUGCGACAACUCGAAUGCUCCGGGAUGCCAACCUGGUGCGACAUCUCAAGGCUUGUGAGGUCAUGGGCAAUGCGUCAACCAUUUGCUCUGACAAAACUGGUACUCUAACCCAAAACAAGAUGCAAGUUGUCUCUGGAACAAUUGGAACAACCCUCCGAUUCGGUGGCGCCAAGCGUGGUGAAUCGAGCGGUGCCUCUACCCCCGUCGAUACCAGUGGUGAUAUCAGCAUUGCUGAGUUUGCCAACAUGCUUAGCAGCCCUGUCAAGGAUAUUCUUCUCAAGUCUAUUGCACUCAACUCUACCGCUUUCGAGGGUGAGGUCGACGGAGAGAAGACUUUCAUUGGAUCCAAGACUGAGACAGCCUUGCUUAUCCUUGCCAAGGCUCAUCUCGGCAUGGGUCCCGUCAGCGAACAGCGCGAGAACGCCAAGGUCCUACAGCUUAUUCCUUUCGAUUCUGGCCGAAAGUGCAUGGGUGUUGUUGUUCAGGGCCCUAAUGGCACUGCUCGCCUUUACAUCAAGGGUGCCUCCGAAAUUGUUUUGUCUAAAUGUACUCAGGUUCUUCGAGAUCCCGCCAGCGAUGACUCUCUCGCCCCCAUGACCGAUGAUAACGUCAGCACGGUUCAGCAGCUUAUUGAGAGCUAUGCAAGGAGGUCACUUCGAACUAUCGGUAUCACUUACAGGGAUUUCCCUUCAUGGCCGCCCAAGAACGUCAACUUCGUCGAAGGUGGUAAUGAAGUCGUCUUUGAGGAUCUCUUCACGGAUAUGGCUUUCAUUGGUGUCGUCGGCAUUCAGGAUCCUCUUCGUGACGGCGUUCCUGAAGCCGUAAAACUCUGCCAGAAAGCCGGCGUCGUCGUUCGUAUGGUCACCGGAGACAAUAAGAUCACAGCCGAAGCAAUCGCUAAGGAGUGUGGAAUUAUUCAGCCUGACUCGAUUGUGAUGGAGGGACCCGAGUUCCGAAACCUCUCAAAGCUUCAGCAAGAGGAGAUCAUUCCCCGCCUGCAUGUGUUGGCGCGAUCUUCCCCUGAAGACAAGCGAAUCCUAGUGAAGCGACUGAAGGACAAGAACGAGACAGUUGCGGUUACUGGUGACGGUACCAACGAUGCGCCUGCUCUCAAGAUGGCCGAUGUAGGCUUCUCAAUGGGUAUCGCUGGUACUGAGGUGGCCAAGGAAGCUUCGGCCAUUAUUCUGAUGGACGACAACUUCAACAGCAUUGUCAAGGCUCUAAAAUGGGGUCGCGCGGUCAAUGAUGCCGUCAAGCGAUUCCUUCAGUUCCAGCUGACUGUCAACGUUACUGCGGUUAUACUCACAUUCGUUACUGCUGUUUCUAACGAUGAAGAGUCAUCUGUUCUCACUGCUGUGCAACUUCUCUGGGUCAACCUCAUCAUGGACACUCUCGCUGCUCUUGCCCUGGCAACUGAUCCUCCUCACGACAGUGUUUUGGACCGAAAGCCCGAGCCCAAGGGAUCCAGCAUCAUUUCCAUUACUAUGUGGAAGAUGAUUUUUGGACAGUCUAUUUACCAACUCGCAAUCACUUUCCUACUUUACUACGGAGGUCCCAAGGGUGUUAUCCCCACGAAGAACAUCCCUUCUGAUGAUGAGAUCAAGACGCUAGUUUUCAACACUUUUGUCUGGAUGCAGAUUUUCAACCAAUGGAAUAACCGUCGCCUGGACAACAAGUUCAAUAUCUUCGAGGGCCUCACCAAGAACUGGUUCUUCAUUGGUAUCAGUGCCAUUAUGUGUGGUGGACAAAUCCUUAUUAUCUUCGUCGGUGGGGCAGCUUUCCAAAUUGCCAAGGAGAAGCAAAGUGGAACACUCUGGGCCAUUGCGAUCGUGCUCGGCUUCCUAUCUAUUCCUGUCGGUGUUAUCAUCCGCCUGAUCCCUGACCGAUUUAUGUCGCUCUUGGUUCCCGAGUUUCUCAAGAGGCGAGCCAAUAAUGUGCCUGGUCUCACGGUCUCUGACGAGGAGAUGAGCCAAUACCCUGAGCCUCUGGCGGAGGUCCGUGACGAGCUCAACUUCAUGCGACGUAUGAAGGGUGGACGGUUGAACAACCUCAAGUUUGCGAUCCAGCAUCCCAAGGAGGCGGUUGAGAUGGUCAGGUCUAGAAGCCCGUCCCAUUCUCGAUCGAACUCAAUCAAUGCGCCGCGAACGCCAGUUCAGGAGAACCCCUUUGAUGGCACACCUAUUGGAACACCCAACUCAAGUAAGGGACCUCGGUCCACAAGGUCACGGUCCAACUCUGCGUUGGGAGCGCCGACAGUGAUGGCGGGCAUCGUGGCGGCAGGUGUGGCGGCAGGCUGGCAACCAAAAAUGAGGCCAGAUGAUAAUGGAGAAAACAACGACGUGCAAAAGUAG